AAAACAAAAUCCACAUUCCUCUCCGAUGUCUCGAGACGCGCCGUCGGAGUUCCAGACUAGGGUUAACUCACGGCGGUCCGGCAACGUCAUCCACCCUGUGAUGGCGGACGUAGAGUCGCCUCCUCCACCUCCGCCGCCGCGGAUUCCGGCUCAGAGUCCGCUAGCGUAUCGAGAAAUCAAGCACUUGAAGAAAUGGUUUCCAUGGUUGAUACCUUCGUUUGUUGUAGCGAAUGUUGUGAUGUUCGCAAUCACCAUGUUCGUCAACGAUUGCCCCAAGAACUCUGUUUCCUGCGUUGCUAGGGUUUUGGGGAGGUUCUCUUUUCAGCCCUUUAAAGAAAACCCUCUUCUUGGCCCUUCGUCUUCUACGCUAGAGAAGAUGGGGGCAUUAGAUGUGAGUAAAGUGGUCCACAGACACCAGGGGUGGCGCCUUAUCACUUGCAUUUGGCUACAUGCUGGAGUUUUGCAUAUACUGGCCAACAUGCUGAGUCUCGUAGUUAUUGGCAUUCGACUUGAGCAAGAAUUUGGCUCUGUACGGAUUGGGUUGCUUUAUCUGGUCUCUGGUUUUGGUGGGAGUUUGAUGUCAGCUCUUUUUAUCCAGUCUAGUAUCUCAGUUGGCGCUUCUGGUGCACUUUUUGGAUUACUAGGAGGCAUGCUUUCUGAACUAAUCACUAAUUGGACUAUAUAUGUUAAUAAGGUAGCAGCAUUGUUGACCCUUGUGAUCAUCAUUGUAAUCAAUCUAGCAGUGGGGAUCCUUCCACAUGUUGACAACUUUGCUCAUAUUGGAGGAUUUCUUUCUGGUUUUCUUCUUGGAUUUGUGUUUUUGAUCCGCCCCCAGUUUGGAUGGGUUAGCCAAAGAUAUGCCCCUCCUGGACAGUUAUCUACUUCAUCUAAACCUAAAUUCAAGAUAUAUCAGUGCAUAUUGUGGAUUAUUUCUUUAGCCCUUGUGAUUGUUUGGUUUACUGUCGGCCUAGUUAUGCUUCUUCGUGGGGUUGAUGCAAACGAUCAUUGUUCUUGGUGCCAUUAUAUGAGUUGUGUUCCUACUAAAAGGUGGAGCUGCAAUUCACAGCCGUUGUCCUGCAUGUCUGACCAAACGGGUGACAAGCUAACCCUAACGUGCUCAAGCAACGGCAAAACCAGGACAUAUACAUUGGCAAAUGCAACGACGUCUCAGAUCCAAGGGCUAUGUACUCAGCUUUGUCGAUGACUCUAAUUCAACUGCAUGGAUUGAAACUGUUGUAGUAGGUCACUUUGAUGUGUAAAUUCACAGAGCCAAGUUUUCAACAUGUUGUUGUUCUUUGUUUUAGUUGAGUUGUUAACAUGGUUUUUCUCUUUAAAUUGACGUUCUCUAUUGAAAUGAUAGCUCUUUCAUUUGCACCA